GGUAUAAAAGCCAUAUUUUAGCCUUCUCUCUAGCCUAGCAGGAUUUUACCGCUGAGCUACCUCCCCGAUUCAAGUCCACCGGCAACUGGUUUUUGUCUCGCCGGGAGUCUCUUGCUAGCUUAGUUGGUGUAUCGAGCUAACUUUUUUCUUGUUAACAAACGAUCAGCCAAGAUGCAGAACGAAGAUGGUCAGAACAUGGAUCUUUACAUCCCCAGAAAAUGUUCUGCAACAAAUCGACUCAUCACGGCAAAGGAUCACGCAUCUGUCCAGAUUAAUGUUGGACAUUUGGAUGCCGAUGGUGUCUACACUGGACAGUUCACCACUUUUGCCCUCUGUGGAUUUGUUCGUGCCCAGGGUGAUGCUGACAGUGCCCUCGACAGGCUCUGGCAAAAGAAGAAAGUUGAGGCCCGCCAACAAUGAGUAGUUUCCAUGGUUGGUUCUCUUGGGUUUAAAAGAAAGGAACUUGAUAGCUGUAUUCAUCUAUUCCCAUUUGGUCUUUUUGUGAACUACUUCAAAGUUGGUUAUUUGUCUGGACCAAGUUAUUUUUCGAGCUUAAUUUGAAAACGAAGUUUUAUUUGGUGCGUA